GCGGGCGCUCGAAGUUGUGCGCCGAAGGCGAGGGGUUUACGGUUAAUAAUUUUUGCCAGCAGUGUUUUGGUAACUUUUGCGUGAGCGAUCAGCAAACUUGGUAGUAGACCUACCAUUAAUUCUAUCUUGUUACUCUUUCAACUAUUUUAGUGUAAUAUUCGGCACUGCUGGUCUCAGGUCCUCCACCUUCUGCUGUUCUGACCUUCCUGAUUUCAAAAUGACUGCGCAGUUUGUGCCACCAAUAAUCCAGGACAACCCUGAUGGUUGGGGUCCAAGGCAAAUCCCAGAGAAGUUCAAAGACAUGCCAUACCAGCCGUUCAGCAAGGGAGAUCGUUUGGGAAAGGUUUCUGAUUGGAGUGGAACAACAUACACAGAUCGGCGGUAUAUGAAUAAAUAUCACUCACAAUUUGGUGGUGGAAGUCAAUACUCAUACUUCCAUGAUGAAGAUGAAAGUAGCUUCCAGUUGGUGGAUAAUUCAAAGAUUCAAAAGCCUCCAUACCAGAGGAAUAGGAUGCGAUACAACCAGUUUAAACAGAGGCAGCAACGGCAGCAGCAGAGAGAUGGUGCAAAUCAAAUUGGACAACUUCCUCUCACUAAAUUGGAGAAAAGUAGAGAGCGAGAUCGGCAAAGACUUCAACGAAAAAUGCAGAAGCAAUAUGGUCAAUCAAGACUACGAUGGGGUAACAAUAGAUAUCAGAAUCAACAGAAAAGAAGAGAUGCUUCUGUUAGAGUUCUGGAGGAUUGGGAGGUCAAAGAAGAAAUGGAUUUCACUCGUCUUUCCAAACUCAAGCUUCCUGAUAUCGGUGAACCAAAGGAUUUGUUUGUGUGUGGAGCUCUUGAGCAGUAUGAUAAAUCUUAUGAUCGUGUCAGUGUCAAGGCAGAACGUCCAUUGAAACGUGUUAAGCGGAUCUUUCACAAGGUUACAACAACAGAUGAUCCGAUUAUUCGAAGAUUAGCGAAAUCACAUGGCAAUGUAUAUGCUACUGAUACAAUAUUAGCGACUCUGAUGUGCUGCACACGAUCCCAAUAUUCUUGGGAUGUCAUCGCCCAACGUGUUGGACGGAACAAACUGUUUUUCGACAAGCGAGAUGACUCUCAGUUUGAUCUUGUGACUGUCAGCGAAACUGCCAAUGAACCACCGCAGGAGGAGAAUACAAUUAAUUCACCAGGGAACUUGGCACUUGAAGCAACUUUCAUCAAUCAUAAUUUUUCUCAGCAAGUUUUAAAACCAGGAGAAAAGCAUAAGUUUGGCAGUGCCAAUCCAUUUGUCCCAGAUCAAGAUGCCAGCAAUGUUGCAUCUGUAGCAUAUCGCUAUAGAAAAUGGGAUUUAGGCAAUAAUAUUGAACUGGUGGCUCGAACUGAACAUGAUGCUGUCAUGACUACAACUGGAGGAGAUACUUGUUUUAUCAAUGUCAAGACACUGAAUGAAUGGGACAGUCGCAGCUGUAAUGGUGUUGACUGGCGUCGCAAAUUGGAUUCGCAAAGAGGUGCUGUACUUGCCACCGAGCUCAAAAACAACAGCAGCAAAUUGGCUAAAUGGACAAUGUCUGCUCUUUUGGCUGGAUCGGAGUACUUGAAGAUGGGAUAUGUGUCCAGGAGAAAUGUUCGAGAUACGGCUAACCAUAUUAUUAUUGGAACCCAACAAUUUAUUCCAACUGAAUUUGCAGCUCAGAUCAAUUUGUCAUUGCCGAAUGCAUGGGGAAUACUUAGAUGCAUCAUUGACACUUGUAUGAAGCUACCAGAGGGAAAAUACCUUAUUUUAAAGGAUCCCAACAAACCAGUUGUCAGGAUCUACAGCUUGCCUGAGGGAACUUUCAGUUCUGAGGAAGAAGAGAGUGAAAGUGACAACGACAGUGAUGAAGAUGACGAUGAUGAAAGGAGAAAAGGCGGAGAACGUCGUUGACCGAUUAUUGCGGGUGGAAUAAAAUGAAAAAAUUCUGCAAGCUGAAUCAGUGAUGUGCUUUGGUGUUUAUUGCUAAACGGUGUUUGAAACAGAGAGAAUAAUGUAAUAAAAGAGUGUUCAUUCAUGUAA